GUCACGCUGAAUUUCUACAUCAACUUCCUGAUGAAUAUCUGGCCGAUUUACUUCCGGUUGCAAGAAAAGUAGCGAUCGGAACUAAAGCUGAUCAUUAUAAUAUAUUACAGAUCCCAAAACCAAAUAAAGAAGAAGGUUUGGGAAUUGUAUGGCCGGCUAAAACAGCAAAUCUAGAUAAACUAACCCCUAUUGCUCAAAAAAUGAUUCAAAAUAUUGAAGAGAGCCAAAAAGAACACGCGGAGAAGAUCUA